GUGUGGCUCGGGUCUUUGGGUGAUAGAUAUGGGAUUAGAAUAUCCAUCUUCUUUAUUUAUAGGAAUUGAUAUUGAUCCCUCUAAUUUUCCGUCAAGUGACCAAUGUCCCUCAAAUGUUUGUUUUAUUACAUGUAAUGCAAUUUAUGGCAUUCCAUUUCCUCAAAAUACUUUUGAUUUUGUCAAUAUGAGUAUGAUGUGGGGUGCAUUUUCUGAGGAUCAAUGGAUUAUAGUAAUAAAAGAACUUGUCAGAGUUUUAAAACAAGGUGGAUGGGUUGAACUUACUGAACCAAAUUCAACACCUAAAAAUUGUGGAAAGAUCCAAUUAUGGCUUUCUGAGGCUUCAUCCCAAGAAAUACGAGGUGUUAGAGUUGAUAUUCAUAAAAUGUUGCCAAAAUAUAUUGAGGCAAUAGAUGAACUUGAAGAUUUGAAUUGUAUUAAUGUAGAUUAUCCAAUAGGCGAAUGGUCUGGAUGUUUUGGUAAAUAUUCAUUAGAAAAUUUUAGGCGAAUAUAUCAAUCUAUGCUUUUUCUUCCAAAAUACAUGGGUCUGUCUAAAGAGGAAUAUAAUAAUUUAUUGGAUGAUUAUGUUAAAGAAGCAAAUGAAAACAAAGGUUCUUUUUCUAUUUUCAAAUGUUUUGCUAAAAAAGUUGCAGAAAAGUUUUAA